AUGGUUGUCCUCGUUUUUGUGGACGAUCUGAUUGUUCUAGUGGACUCCAACCAGCAACUACACUGGUUCCAAGAAACAGCUAGCAAGCUGUUUACCAUCAAACACCUUGGGCCGGUAAGCUACUACCUGGGGGUAGAAAUAUCAAGGAAGGCAGACGGAUGCUUUGAGCUGUGCCAAAGCAACAAAGUGAAAGCACUGCUGGCUCGGUAUGGCAUGGAGGAGGCUAGUAGUGUGCAAACCCCAAUGGCCACAGGGUAUGGCAAAGAACCCGAGGGUGAGGUAUUUCAGAACGUGCAAUUGUACCAAUCCCUAAUCGGGUCUCUGUUGCACUUAGCAUGCUGGUCCAGACCCGAUAUCAGCUACGCUGUGCACAUAUUGUGCCAGAAAAACGCUGAGCCCCACCACAAGGAUUGGGUGGCAGCCAAGAGGGUGCUGCGUUACCUCAGUGGGACGAUAGAGCGAAAGCUAUCCCUCAAUGUGGGAGAAAAGCCUGAACUUCGCACCUAUGCCGACGCGAGCUGGGGGGAUCGGCCCAAGGCAAAAUCAACUACGGGAAUUGGGAUAUUCCUGGGAGAUGCCCUGUUGCUAUGGAAAGCCACCAAGCAGACCCUGGUGGCAUGCAGUACCUGCGAGGCAGAGUACGGGGCCAUCAACGAGUUCGUGCUCAACAUAGAAUGGGCAAUACAACUGAUGAAGGAUCUCAAUAUACCUAUCAAUCUGCCAGUAACGGUAUAUAGCGAUAAUUCGGCAGCUAAAGAGUUGACAGAAAAUCAAGCUGCUCGGGGGAGAAGCAAACAUAUACUUAUUAGGUACCAAAACGUGAGAGAAGCUGUGACCAGGAACCUAAUAAAGAUAACAAAGUGUACGUCAGAAAAGAAUGCAGCUGACAUAUUCACAAAAUGUUUAAAUGUGAAUGAACAUGUUAAAGUUGUACAAUACCUAGGUUUACUGUGUACGGUAGACUAG